AUGGAUUUAUUUUUGAAUAAACCUGCCGAAGUUCCACAGAGACAAUACAUUCGUCUUUUCGUAAAUACAGGACAAAAAUAAUUCAUUGCCACAGUAGAUCGCACUUAAUAAAAUUUGGAAGUUUAGAUUGCAAAUUCAUUCGUGUACACUUAAAGAGAAAAUCCAGAUAAUGAGGAAAUACAGCAAUUCUAAGUAAAAAAUAUCAAAUAAAAUGGCUAUUUGGUUGUGAUUCCUAAACAAAUGUAAAUUGGACAUGUGCUUGAUGAUUAAACCUUUAUCACUUGCGAAAUCAUUGAACCAAAAAAGAAGUCACAAGUUAAAAUUGAAUAAACCGACAAUUAAAAAAGAAGAAAUAAACAUUAAAAAGAACAAAACAAAUUAGUAGAAAAUUUACCAGACAUUUCCCCACCUAGAACUCUACCUUAAUAGCAAGAGGAAAAAUAAACAAAUAAAUAGCCAUAAAAUAACUAAAAUCAAAAACAAUAGCAAUAAUAAUAAUAAUAAUAAUAACCAUAAUAAAAAGAAUAGUUGACAAAAAAACAAUUAAAAUAAUAAAAUAAGAAUAAAAUAGAAGAAGAAAAAACUAAGCAACAACAAGCCUAAAAUAUCUAAGAAUAAAUAUAAAAUGAAAACAUAAAGGAAAAUAAAGAUAUAAAAAAUAAAGAUCAUUAGGCCAAUAAUGAUUAGAAAAAUUAAAUUUAAGUGGAAGUUCAAUAGCAUGAACCAUAAAACUUGAAAGAACAUCAAGAAUAAACUGAGGCAUUAGGAAAAAAGGAAACCAAAGAAACAACAAAUCAAAACAGAGAAAAAAGCAAAGAAUAAAAAGAAAAUCUUUAAACUUCAGAAAUCUAAAUAGGAUAAUAAUAAAAGGAUGGAUCAAAAAAAGAAAAAUAAUAACACCAAGCCUAACCUUAAGCAAGUUAAAAACCCUAAGAAAAUUAAUAAACAAAAGCAGUACAUUAACAAAAAUAGGAUCUAGAUGAAGAAAAUAAUUUUGGAAUAAAAAAACUUCCUAAACUUACUUAAUCUAAUGAGGAUCAUAUAAAUAAUACUUAAUAAUAGAACGUAGAUAAAGUGAAAUAAGAUAAGUAAACCUAGAAUACUUAGUAAUAAAAGCAAAUUGAAAAUGAUAAAUAGAAGUAAACUAAAUAAAAUAAAUAAUAACAUCAAUAACAAUAACAAUAAUAAAAUCAAAAAUAAUAAUAAUAAGCAGCUUAAUAAAAAUAAAACUAAUAGACAAAGAAAGUCAAUAAAGUUAUAAAAACAGGAUAUGAUUCAGAUGAAAAUUCUGAUGAUCAAUAGUAAGUAAAAGUCAAGGUUGUAUAAAAUUAGAGAUAAGUUAAGAAAAAUGAUAAGAAAUAAAGUAUAGACUUUGAUAAUAAUUUAUUUGAAAACUGUUGA